AUCGCGGUUCUCAUUCAAAAUCGGUGUCUGGGCGGGAAAAGCAGAGGCGCUAAUUGGGGGGCCUCGAGUUUUGCGAGAAAGAAUAUUGUCGUUCUAUUUCCUUUUACCUCCUUCCACCACCACUCCCUCACUUUUCAAUCCUUCAAGGUGCGGAGGGUCGUACAGAGACGCCAUGGAGUUUGCGGGAGCAGAACCGAUGACACUGGGCUCUCCUACGUCUCCCAAGACCGUGGUGGGAACACAGUUCCUGCCAGGCUUCCUCCUGGGGGACCUCCCGUCCCCAGCCACUGGGCAGCCACGCUCGCACCACACCCCCACCACCGGCCUGGAGUUGCGCUCCUCUCCCUUCACAGGUCGCUCCACCCCACAAGCAGCUCUGCCUGUGACUAAGGACAAGAGUGGUGCCCCUCCUGUGCGCAGCCUCUACGAUGACAUGCAGCCCUCACCCCUGCAGGCUCGCACCAGGAUGAACACUUCGCUGCAUCACACGCCGCUCUCUGGCAGUGUGGUCAGGACUCCGGGCUCCAACAAGACCGCUCUCGGUUCAAGCAGCCUCUUCAGUCCUGGAACAGUGCCCUUGUCACAGCCGCGCGCAACACCGCCUUCGCCAGCCCAGCUGGAUCCGUUCUACACACAGGGCGAGAGUCUGGUCUCCAGCGACACACUGGACCACACCUGGGUUACCGUCUUUGGGUUCCCACCUGCAUCUGCCUCUUACAUUCUCAUGCAGUUUGCUCAGUAUGGGAACAUCCUCAAGCAUGUGAUGUCGAGCAGCGGGAACUGGAUGCACAUUCAGUACCAGUCGACCCUGCAGGCGCGGAAGGCACUAAGCAAAGACGGCAAGGUCUUUGGGGAAUGCAUCAUGGUGGGAGUGAAGCCGUGCAUAGAGAAGAACGUGAUGGAGAAUGGAGAGGCACACGGCUACCCGCCUCUCUCGGGCUUCACCACCCCCGUGCAACCCCACACAGCCACCCCCGUCCCCAUCGCGUCUACGACACCGCGGCCCUCCACCAUGCGUCCCAUGACCGGGCGAAUCACCACGAACGACCUGCAGGUGGUGAACGACAAGCAGGUGCUCAGCAAGGAUGAUGGCAUUCUCUCCAAGGCACUGGAGUAUGUCUUUGGCUGGUGACCCUUGACCUUUCGGUAGCCAAAACUGCAGCCGUGGUUCACAUUCAUUUUAAAAACAUGAACAGACGCGCCAUGCACGCACACAUACAAAUGUACAACUACGUACACAGACAUCGAUGUUGACACUGGUCCGCUUGAGGAGGGAAUCCGACCUUCAUAGCUAUCAUGAGCUGGAUUUAUUGAGUUACAUGCAAUGAGACUGAACUUCCCAAAUGCUUGGACCCAUGUUGUAACAAAGCCUGUGUUUUUUUUACUAUUACACUGUGUACUCCCAAUAUAAAAUUUGCAAAACUAAAUAACUGUUACUGGAGCUCCAUGCUGCUGGAGGGUUAUGGGGGGAGGGGUUCAGAAAUGUUGUGAAAGGCUUGUUAAGAUUGUCCCUAAAUGACGUCCCGUCGAGCAUCUUGAUUCCUGCUUAUUAUCAUUGCAAUUUCUAUUUUUCUGUCCCUAUUUACAAAAAUGGACAAGAGGUCGCACAUAACCCCGAGUUUAUCGUUGAGCAGAUAACAACUGCUGCCUCUGCAAAGUUGGAUGGACAUGCGUGUGCCGGUGGGUGUAUUAAUCAGUGUUUUCGUCCAGACAAAGCGGACACUGGGGAGGAAGUGAAAACCUUACUAUCUGCUCACCCACUGGUGCAUAUGGGUGGGCGGUUGCAGCUGCAUUUAUUUGGUUGUCAAGAACCAAAAUGUAGGUUAAUUUUCAUCGUUAUUGGCCACCAUCAUUGCCAUUGUAAGUGAAAGCCACACGCAUGUUGUUUUGCCUGAGAAAGGGACAUAACGAUGAUUGAGGCAGGCCAGGCGCAAUUAUGGGAUGCUCUUAAGAUCACCUGGCGACAAUAGUCGUAAUUGGCUACGUACAUAACUUUUUUUAUAUGGUUAUGUUAUUGACAAGCCUGUUUUGUAACAUGGAUUUUAAUUAUAAGUGGAAUUCUCUCAGAAAUCGAAUUGAAACCACACUAAGUAUACGUUGGUUCGAGAAAGCAUCCCGUACAUGUGUAAUUGUAAAAUUGUAUUUUUGCAACACAGAAAAAAUAUAACACCUCUCUAUUAGUCACGUUUAUUGGCUUCUAUCUGUUCCUAUAAGUUUGCUUUAGGCCAGUGUCACUUAGGCCACUGAAUUGUCCACUCAUCUUGAGCUUUGUCUCCCAAUUUCACGGUAUUUGUUUCAACUUCAGAAAAGUGUCUCCAGUGUGCCUUCUCUAAACCAUUUCUCAAAGACCUAUUCCGACAUCCGUCUGUUACAACUGAAAGCAUUGCUGGACACUCGCUUUAGCAGUGUUGUUACAGCUUUGGAAUCCAGUUUAUAGAGGCAGCAGUUAUUGUUCUUGUGACCGCCAGAAUUCGAAUAUUUGAAACCACUGUUUAUUUCUCGAGGCUUGCGCCGCUGAAACAAAACUUUGAGGUUCAUCUCGGUCCCAUUGUCUUUGGGUUGCUCGGGGAGAAAAGAAAUCUUAUUUUAAUUACUACAGAGAACACUUACAGCCUUUGUUAUGCCAUACAGCUUGUGACAGCACUCAUUUUAUCCGCUUGGGUUAACUGCCCGAAAGCAACGCUUCCCCUAAGCUGCAUUAGAGUAAUGGGAGUUUUAAAAUUAAUCUUAUAAUAAUAUUGUGAAAGAAGCCGAUGGAUGGUAACAAAACUACGCUCCCACUUAUGGUGUACUGCCUUAUCUCCGCUUAUGUGCAGUGGCAAAUGUUGCCGUGUCGCGUUGGAUACGAGGCAGUGUUUUUCCAUGCUGGAGGAUGUGGGUUUGAUGUGGUACAACAGCAGAGCUGUCGGCUGAAUGUUUCUAUACCUAAUUCGGGGCAAUAUUUUCUAUGUUUUUAUGCCUUUGUGAGUGCUAACAAACGGUUGUUUAAAUCGACAUCUUCAGCUCGACAGUAUACAUGUUUGUGUAAAUACAAUUAUGUUAUUAAGCUUUAAGCAUGCUCAACAACCACACUCACAGCUGGCAUUCUGCAGGCAGCUGUGGAUGGGGAUGUCCUGCGCGUGCUUUCAAGAGCAUUUCUUUUCUCACACAAACGCCAUUACCUCCGUUGAGAAUGAACCAUGUGAAUAUAACUUUAGGUUUAUAAUCAAAAUGGCCUGCUUUAAAAUGCAUACUUAGUAAAAUAUGGGGGGGGGGGGGGGUUUGAAUUUUGGAAAAACAUGAAUUAAAAACCAUGCAUGAGUGAAUUUGUUUCUUUGUUAACUCAAUUUAACAGUGAGAUUGGAUUGGUAAUAUGGCAUGGGUAGAUAGACAUUGCUCUGUAGAUGGACAUCAUUUUAGAUGGUUCUCAUGCUGCUUUUCUGGACCAACCAGAUCAAAACUGCUGCACAUCCUCCCCAUGCAAUACAGAUGUGUGGUUUCUAAGUGAACAUUCACGAUCCCAUUAUUUUACAAAGGCUAUUUGAUCAAUUGGAAGCAUAAUUAAUCAUGUGUCUACAAACUGACACACAUGCUAAAGCAGCGCCGAUUCAUCUACCAGUGACUUUGAGCAUCCAACGUUGACAGGGAUUUACAGGAAUACGUUUACAUUUCACUGUGAUGCUGCCAACCACCUGUGUUUCUGUUGUAAUCGCCGAAGUGUUUACGUCAACAUCGGAGCAUUGUCUCGACUUGGCAUAGAGGGGCCGAGAGAAUUGAUUGUAAUGCUUUUCAUCCUUACCGUCCCCACUGUACAUGUGGUCAGAUUUUGCUGAAGGGGUGAGUUUUUAACUGCACAAUGUAUAUUUAUGUUACGUCAACAUUAAAGAUUGAUUGACUUCA